GUGGGGGCCGACGGGCUGGAUUGCGAGACUAUCGAACAUGGGCCCGACGUCGCGCGCCUCGCGGGCUUGGACCUGCACCGCGCCUCGGGCCGUAUCUCUGUCGGCCACGUGAGGUGCUGGAAGAUCAGGCUCGCCUUGUUUCACGCGUUGGCGGACGGGCGUGCGAGCGGGCCUGGGAUGCGUUCCCUGCUGGGACACUGCACCUUGUCCGCUAUCCAUCGACGGCUUUCGCUUUCGUUGCCGCGCGAGCGCUGCCGCUUCGUAGACAGGGCGGGCCUGGGGCGGGUGCCGCUCUGGCCGUCUGUUCGGCGCAGGCUCGAGCGGGUGGCCCCGCUGCCCCCGCUGGCCCGCGUUGCCGCCAAUCGUCCCUGGUUGGACUGCGUCGCCGCCGCCGACUCUGAGGGCGACAACCUCGUCGACGACGGGGGCUCCGACGUCGCGCGGAAGUUCCAUUGCGCGGAGCAGGCUCGGCUCGCGCAGCUGCGCUCGCGGCCGCCGCCGGCCCCGCGGCGACGGCCCCCGCCCAGUCCGACGGCCUCGCGGACGCUGACCGUGGGCGUCACUUUCAGCCACGUCGACCAGCGCGUCAUCGGCGACUUCAGCAGCCAGCAGCUGAGCGCGAGGGGCCGCUGCGUCUACAGCGGGCCGCUACCUUUAUUGCAGCCCGUCAUCGGCUUCGCGCAGUUGAAAGCUUCCAUCAUCGACGUGUCAACAUUGCGCGCCCUCAGUCUCGCAGGCGACGCGGAGUUUAACAGUCGCUGA